AUGGUGGCGCGCGCGCAGCAGGCGCCUGCGGAGCGACUGCAGCGCGCGCGCGCCCAGGAGGAGCAGCUCAAGGCGCAGCGCGACGCCGCGCAGCAGGAGCGCGUCGAGGAGCUGCGCCUCCUGCAGUACAGGAGCCGAUACAUCGACCUAAGAGAUAUAGAAAGGAAGAGGCUAAAUGCGAUUACAAGAGACAGCCAAAUCUAUCAGAUGCACGAGAAGGCGUGGCUGCGGCAGAAAACUAAAGAAGAAGAUUCCUUCUGGGAAGAAGUGAUCAAGAAGAACCAAGCUGCUAUGAAGUAA